AAAAAAAAAAAAAAAAAAAAUGCAUGUGGAUUUCAGCGUGAGACUGUCAAGGUUUUGGAGAGUAGGUUCCGUUUAGAACUUCAGACACUUCGUGAGAAGCUGAUCGACCAAGAGUUGGAGGCCAGCAGCUUCCAAGCCAGAGAGAUAGCACUUCAGAAUGACCUGAAGGCAAAGUCAGAACUCGCUGCAGGGUUGAAGGAGGAGAUGAGGAACCUGAAGGACGAGGUAGACUUAAUGAAAAAGAAGCUUCAGGAGAAAGAUGAAGAUUUUGCUCAACUGCAGAGCCAGAUGGAAGACAGAGAAAUUGUCAUGAUGGGGAACAAACAGCAGGUAGAUGAACUCAAAUCCAAAUGUGCCAAUUAUAUGGAGAACAUUCAGGCUCUUGAAGCUCAGUUAUCAGAACUGAAUGCAAAGCACACAGCCACACAAUCAGAACUAGAUAGCCAUCGUGACCAGGUGGCAUCAGUGCAGGGUAAAUUAACAGAAGUUGAGAUUGAGAAGAACAAUUUGACAAGAGAACUUAGUGAGAAGGCAGGGGAACUGGAGAGCCUAAAAGAGAAAAUCAACGAUGCAUCUAAAGAAGAGAGUGAAGUCUUGCAGAAAAAGACAGAACAGGUGGAGGAACUGAGGAAAGCACUGAGAGAUGCCGAGCACUCCCGCAAUACAGCAGAGAAUGCUCUAGUGUCCAAAUCUGAGAUGAUUGAGCAGCUCAAUAACAAAAUUGCCAAUUCUGGCAAUAUGCUAAAGGAUGCAAGCACUAAAACAGCAGCUUUGGAGACAUCCCUAAGAGAAAAGGACAAAGCCUUAGAAAGUCUGCAAGAGCAGGUCAAAGUCAUCAACUCCCUAAAGAAUGACUUGAAUAAGGAGAGAGAGGCUGCUAAGGGGAAAGACGCGGAAAUUGGAGAAAUCAAGAAAAAGCUCCAGGAAACUGAUAAUAAGAAGACGCAGGCUGAGCGGAGCCUCCAGGACACUCAGGAGAACCUGAACAACGUGCAGGCUGCCUCGAAGGCCCUGAAGACAGAGUUGGAGGCCCUGAAGGACAACUUGAAGAAGAAAGCACAAAGCCUGGAGGAGCUGCAAUCCAAGAUGAAGGAUGAGCUCAGUGAGAGGGAGCAGGUCAAGAAGAGCCUCGAUGCAGCACUGAAGGAGGCACAGACCUUCAAGGAAGAGGCGCAAACGCUGCAGUCGCACAGCCAAUCUCUCGAUACUGAUAUGAAGGCAGCUCAAGCAAAGUCAAGUGCCCUGGAUGCUGAGGUGAAGCGCCUGGCCACGGAGAAGAGUAGUCUACAGGAGAGCGUUCUCUCCCUCGAAAAUACCAAGGAGCAGUUAGAAAACUCCCUGAAGAUGCACCAGGAUAAUUCAGCCAAGCAGGUGCAAGAUCUGGAAGGGAAGUGUGAGAGUUUGCAAAGUGAGGCUAAGCAGCUGUCAGAAAAAAUGUCCAGUCUUGUUGCAGAAAAGGCAGAUGUACAGAAGGCAAGAGACAUGGUGGCUCAUGAGUUGAAGGUAGUGAAGGGAGACUUGCAGGUAGCCGAAAAAGGUUCAGCAGAACUAAGGAGUCGGAUUGGGGACUUGGAGAAUGAGACUGCAGCUUUGAUAUCUCAGAAAGAGGCACUAGAAGAGAAAAUUAACUGUCUCCAAGAUAAAGUGAGCGAAGAGACGUCAUUGCGUUCAGCUAUGGCAGGCCAGCACGCAGCGGAAUUGGCAGCGGUGCAUCAGGAGAAGGAGGAAGCAGAAGCCCAGUUGCUCGCCCUAGAGGAGUCCUCUGCCAAACUACAGAAGGACCUCCAGCUUGAAAUUGAUGCCCAGAAGCAAGAGGUAAUGAAGUUAAACGACCAAUUGGAGGGCGAGCACAAGAAGAACAUUGAGUUGGAAGGAAGACUGGCAACACUGGAGGCUGAGGUUGCUAGCUUAGCAGGGGAUAAGCUUGAACUUGAGGUGCGAGUGGAAACUGCAGCAGAGGAGCAGCGCGGGUUAGUGGAGCGCUGCGUUGCUGCUGAGUCUGAGGUUGAGCGCCUGCAGAGUCAGCUCACCCAGUUGAGACGCAAGCUGGAUGACUCCACAGCUGCAUUGCAAGAACUCGGAAGAGAGAAUCAAAACCUGCAGAUGGAAACUAUGAAACUAGCAGGAAGAAAAUGGGUGGAUGACUCAGAGGUGCUAAAUUGCCACAGCUGCAACAAGAAUUUCUCAAUGACAAUAAGACGCCACCAUUGUCGUAACUGCGGACAGAUCUUCUGCAAUGACUGCUCUAGUAAACAGGCCCCUCUGGAAGCUAAUAAGAAGUCAGUCAGAGUUUGUGAUGGCUGCUACAGUGAGCUCACGUCAAAAAUGUGAAAAUCGGUCGGAGGGAUAACUUUUCGGUCCUUUGGCAUAAAUUGUAAAUUUUGUUAAUAUUGAUGAAUUGUCUCAAAUUAUUGAUGGGUUGAUUGACAUUUUUUGUUGUUGUUGUUGUUUUUUUUUUUUUUUUUUUGUAUCAAAGCUUAUUGGAUGUUUUACUAUACUGAUGCACAGAUACUAGUGCAGUUGUUUGAUAAUCAUCUCUUUUAGUUUAGUGACACUCCUCUCUUUCUCCUUUGUUACCCCCACCCAUCCCUCUCUCUCUCUCUCGCUCUCGCUCUCUCUCUCUCUCUCUCUCUCUCUCUCUCUCUCUCUCUCUCUCUCUCUCUCU